AAGUGUUUGUUUUGUGUACCGUUGUUGUUGCUGCCUUACGUUCCUCGCUUUUUGCGCAACAGUACAAUCCACUGCUCCGGGGAAUUUCUACCACAGGAUGGGGGACCAUCGGAGACGCGUUUUGGAUCUUUACAAACGGCUGCAGUACAUGGGCCGCGAAUAUCCGGGCGGACCGGACAAAUUUCGGCAACGCUGCUACAACGCGUUCAAGCGGCAAAGUGCCGAAACCGAUCCGGAGAAGAUCGAAAAAGCGAUUGGAUUGGGCGAGUACGUUGUGAAGGAAAUCGAAGCACUCUACAGUCUGCGAAAGUAUCGUGCGAUGAAGCGACGAUACUAUGAUGAAAAGUAGGUUAUAAGCCGGCUGUGGUGUCGAAGUGUAGCUAAAAAGACAAGCCUAUAUUGAUAAGAACAGUGUUUAUUGAUAUGACAAUGGAAGAUAGCGCUUAGGCAAGUGUUUUAAUGCUCACGAUUCAAAGUAGAGAUGCACACAACCACCAGCAACAAAAUUGCAAACUAGGGAUUGGGAAGAACUUUGCACCCUGAUCAUGUUCCAAUGUACAGUGAACUUUUUUGUAUGAAAAACUUGAAAGUGAAUGGUGAAUAAAUACAUCAUAUUGUAGUAGAAAAGCUUCC